UUAUAGGAUUACAGAAGCAACAUUUUUUUUCGUCUUAAAUUUUGCGUGAAACCAACCCAAGGGGUCUUUCUGAAAUGAAAAAGUUUUUGUUGCAAAACAAGGAGAUUGUGACGUCCUUGAGGAACUAUGCACUUUUGGUACUCUUUUUGAUGUAUUAUGGGUAUGCCAUGUAUUGUCAUUUCGGUGACGAACCGUCUGUUCGUCUCACUGUUUUUACAUGCCUCGGCGUGUGGCUGAUAUUCUGGCGAAAGAUCAAGCUAAAUGAGUUUGUCCAAAAUGGCAUCAGAGGAAUUUUAGCAAUAGUUCAUGCUGCCUAUCAUUCUGGACAACGACCCAGGAUAAUAAGAUGGUUUCUGUACAUACUAAAUGCUGGUGUGUUACUGACCUAUCUGGUCAUCGAGGUCAUCCUAGCAGAACCACGCAAAUUGAUUUCCCUUGGUGGCUUUCUGGCAUUCCUGCUCCUCCUCUUUCUCAUGUCAAACAACAAAAGGCAGAUUAAUUGGCAUUGCAUUUUCUGGGGCUGUUGCAUCCAGUGUUACAUCGGAUACUUCAUACUGAAGUCGUCUUCAGGACGUUACCUUGUGAAUUGGUUUGCUGCAAGGCUUGAAGAAUUUAUGCAGUAUUCAGAUGUUGGGGCGGAAUAUGUGUUCGGUCCGAAAUUUCUUGACCACCCUUUCGCCUUCCAGACGGUGCCAGCCAUAAUAGUGUUUUGCGCGGUGAUUCAAGUGCUUAUCUACUUGGGAACGAUUCAGUUCAUUGUGAAAUCAUUGGGAAAAGUUCUCGCUGUAGUCUUGGAUGUUUCUGCCCCGGAAGCUGUCAAUGCUUGCGCCAAUAUAUUUCUUGGAGGGAUUGAAUCAGCUUUACUGGUAGUUGAGUACAUCGAGGGUAUGCCGACAUCUCACCUUUUUGCUCUGAUGACGAAUUGGUUUGCUUCUUGCGGGGGCUCUGCUUUGAUCAAGUUUGCACAGUUCGGGGUUCCAGCUUCACACUUAUUGUCGGCUUCAGCAAUGUCGGCACCAGCCGCUCUUGUUUGUGCAAAGUUGAUGUUUCCCGAUUGUGACAAAGAACUUAACGAAGCUCUUAAAGAAGAAGUAGAAGUCGAUGUUAGUCUGGAUUCAACGAAAAGUAUUGUUGACGAUAAUCCAAAGUUAUCAUUGGAUACCAUCAAAGUAAAUGGUAACGUUCCAGUUCCCAAAUUUUGCAACAACAAUACAAAUGAACACGUUUUAGAAUUAAAAGUUGACACAACUGAGAGUCUUGCUCACCAUGAUGACGACAUUAAUGGAUCUGUUAAACAAGAAGAAACAGAGAGUCAGAGUGAGAAAUCUGCUCCAAUUAGUACAAGCACAAAUGCCGAAACAAAAAUGAAGCCAACAAAAAAGAGUAUUCAAACGGGGGACAAUAUGCUAGAAGCUCUUGUAAUAGGAACAAAGGCAGGAGUAAAGUUGACAGCGAGUAUCGUUGCAAACAUGAUCGUGUUUUUGUCGGUUAUCGAGAUGGCGGACAAAACUGUGGAAUGGUUUGCGAACAGAGUAGACCUGCACCUGACGUUUAGUAUUAUUUUGUCGUAUGCAUUUUACCCCCUGGUUUUCCUGAUGGGCAUUUCUGUGUCAGACUGUUUCAAAGCUGCCGAACUUCUCGGAUUAAGGACCUUGGCAAACGCUGGUGUUUCGUAUCUGAAACUUGGACAGAUAGUUGAUAACAACGAUGUGCUGACCCGCUAUGAAUUGCAAUACAACACAACGUGGUUCUAUGUAGAGGAUGAUAUAUUUCUUAAGCACGAAAAUAGGACCUUAACUGGAGGCGUUAUGUCGGAAAGAAGUGUGAUUAUUUUAACGUUCGCUCUUUGUGGAUUUGCAAGCGUUGGUCUUCUAGGGAUGCUCGUCGGAGCAAUGUCAAGUCUUAUUCCUAGCCGUACGACGGAACUAUCGAAAUUGACUGUCCGUGUGCUGAUUACGGGCACCUUGGCCAGUUACCUCACCGCCUGUGUUGCUGGGUUGAUGGUGUAGUCGGCUGGUAUGCUUCAACAUAAAAUGGACAUUUUUCUAAAGCUAGUGUUUCGUUGUGUUAUAUAAAUUAAUAAAUCUCGUUUGUAUAUA